ACUCAUCGCCCGAGGGGGCACAAACCGUCUCGACCAAUCAGCGCUCGCCUCGCGCGUAGAGCGGGCGAGCUCUGUCAGCCCGCUACAAAAACUCCUCCGCCGGCCGUUUUGUGCUGUAUGCUCCUUUAGGUCAGCGCCGCGGAGUCAUUCAAGGAGACUCGUGGCUGUCAAACUCAACCGCUUCACUCACGAGAGAGCAGAGUGCCAAACGGCUCUCUGUGACCUGGACACAAACUUCACAUCUUCAACCGGAGAGAGAACCGGAAAAAAAAACAAACUUCCCCCUCAACUUUCUCAACAAGUUGCAGCUGGGAGUUGGAGCUCUUAUUUCACAGCAAGAGAGAAGCUAGCUCCGGAAAUCUCUACUCAUCUUCACGAGCUUCAAGCGCGGGUUUCUGUGUUGGCUGCUAGCACCUGCAGACAUGACGCGAAGAUCCUGCGCCAUCCCCGCGGUGGGGGUCAUCGCUGGCGUCCUGCUGGUCGCCGGGUUUGGUCUCUUUGUGUCUCAAGUUUUCCGCAAUAUAAUGCACAACCGCCUCAAAAAGGAGAUUGUUUUGGUCGAGGGCAGUCGUGUGUUUGAGUCAUGGAAGAGACCUCCCCCUCCGGUCUACAUGGAGUUCUUCUUCUUCAAUAUUACCAACGUGGAUGAGUUCCUUGCAGGGGCCAAGCCAGAGGUCAAGCAGAUUGGACCCUACACAUAUAGGGAGUACAGAUAUAAGGACAACGUCAGCAUGGUUGCAGAUGGCUUGAAGGUGUCUGCAUACAACACCAAGAGCUUUGUGUUCCUGAGAGAGAAGUCUGUGGGUGACCCAGAUGUCGAUAACAUCACCACUGUCAACAUCCCAGCUUGGGCUGUAAUGAACAAGCUGAAAGACAGUUUCUGGAAGGCCAGUUUGUUGUCCAUGUGGAUGAACAGUGCCAAGAUUGGUCUUUUCACGACUCGCACUGUGGAUGAACUGCUGUGGGGCUACGAAGAUCCCCUGUUGCUCCGUGUCUCUUCCUCAAAUCCUGAGGUGGAGACGGUCUUUGGCCUCAUGUACAAGAAAAAUGGCAGUAACGACGGGGAAUUUGUCUACCACACUGGGCAGCAGAACUACUUGGAUUAUGGCCGAGUUGAAACAUGGAAAGGCCAAAGCAAGCUGACCUUCUGGACCUCAGACCAAAGCAACAGCAUCAAUGGAUCAGAUGGCAGUGCUUUCCAUCCUCUGCUGACCAAGGAUGAACGCAUUUAUAUCUUCACCCCAGACCUCUGCAGGUCAAUCUACAUGGAGUUUGAGAAAGAUGUGGAGGUGAAAGGAAUCCCAGCGUACCGCUUCACACCACCACGCUCGGUUUUGGCAAGCAAAAAGGAGAACCCAGCCAAUGAGGGUUUCUGCGUGAGCCCACAAGAGUGCCUGGGAACUGGCCUUCUUAAAGUCAGUCCCUGUCGGAAAGGUGCUCCAAUUGUCGCCUCCUUCCCUCAUUUUCACCUGGCAGAAGAUAGAUAUGCAUCUGCCAUCGGGGGAAUGUCCCCUCAGAGGGAGCACCACCAAACAUUCCUCGACCUGAACCCGACCACUGGCGUGAUUGUGCGUGCAAACAAGAGAGCGCAGGUGAACGUCCUGCUCAGCAGAGUCAGUGGAUUCCCGAAAACUAGAGACUUAAAUGAGACAGUGUUUCCCGUUAUGUUCCUCAAUGAGAGUGUGGUGAUCGAUGAUGUGUCUGUGGCGAGACUACAGAAGCUGCUGCUGAUUGCCGCUCUCGUGUCCAACUUCCCGCUCAUUAUCGUGGGACUGGGUGCCAUUAUGCUCGCAGUCCUCAUCGUCCUGCUGAUCCGGGACCGCAAAAAGAAGAAUGAAGUUAAGCGCAUUGCGUUUACCAAGCCUCUCUAUGCUACGUCCAAUGAAGACGACACUUCUUACUCUCCAGUCAGUGCCAAGGAAAAGGAGGAUCCUCAGAAUGGAACCUAUAUUGGUUUGACACCUAAAGCUGACCCACAAGAUUGAGGAGGGCAGGAAUAGUUAGACGAGGGCUUUGUGCAUCAACAACCCUCAGAUUUAAAAGUAGGGAUUUGGGUUCUUUUGGGGAGAAAAAAAAUCCACCAUAGAAAAUUGUCCAUAUUGGCUUUACUUUGAACAGCCCGGUCAGCAGAAAAAAAUUUGGCAAUAUGCGUUUUAUGCAAAGCACUGAUUGAAACUUUACACUUUUUAUACUUCAACUUUAUGUUUCUAUGUGUUCAGUGCUGUAUUUAUGGUCUGGUUACAUUUGGGCUCAAAAAAACACUUUUUUAGAGUUAGAAAAACCUCAUGUUUUGUCUCACCUGCUUCUGUCACUACAAACACAGUUGGAAAUUAUGCAGACAUCUAGUUAAAAAUACCUAGUUUUCAGGUGCUUUGAUAACUUAUUUGGUAGAGCGAGGACCCCGUGUAUUAAGGCUAAAUAUUUCUCACCCUAAUUUCCUUACUGUCGCUAAGCCUGUCCUGUCAAAUAAAGCUCUGAAAGAGCCAAAAACAUAAUAACUAGAAUGACAGUCCUUAAAACGCAUACAGCUACCAAGGCCCAACUGUCCGCAUUAAUUCAAAUAAGCUUAAUCCAAUACCAAAUAAAACAUUCAGCUGCAUGUCAUCUCUUGACCCAUCUACUCUCAUCUCUCAAGCUGUCUUGUCAAUAAAUGCUAUAUCUCGUAAUGUAAAAGAGUGAGGAAAGAAGUCUUCAAUCCAUCCAUUUAUCUGGAAUCUGUGCCUAGAAUAUAUGGGGUCUGUUGGAUUGACACUCAGCCUUCAUCCAAGUUUCUUGGAAAUCAGUUUAGAAAUGUUUGUGUAAUUCUGCUGCCAAGGAAAGGACACAGGUUAAGGGGAUUAUUUUUAUUUUUUUUAUUUGUAGCCACGAAUACAGCUGAAGAAUGUCUCAGGGGAUCAGAGUGGCAAAGACAGAGACACUAUUCAACCUAUUACCAGACACUAUGCCAUCAAAAUGACUUAGAUUCUGUUACCUUAAGGUAAAAAGAGUCUCAUAUUGUUGCUUUAAAGUCUGAACUCGGUAUUACACAUCAUGUGGAAAUGUUGAUAUAAUGUAUCCGUGGUUCACAGAAAUGUACAAUGCCAACAUUUUAUUCUGGUUACUGGGCUGGAAUUAAUAAACUCAGGCGGGUGGAGGGGAAGUGGAGGGCUAUGUACAGUGUUUUUUUGUUUUUUUUAGUCCCAAACAUAAGUACAUAAGUAUGUACUUAAUUUUAAUGAUGAAGACUACCUAAAUUCAAGGUCUAGCAUGCUGUAUUUCCAGAAACAAAUUUUAAAUUCUGUAGAAAACUGUGUGUGCCAAGGGCUACUCUUUGCUGUUCUCUUAAAUCAGUUGCUGAUAAUGUAAAAUGUAAAAACAAUCUGUGGUUCUCUACUGAAAAGUGAUGGAGAGCGCACAUUCUUUAUGGUCCAAAACAAAGGAAACACAGCUUUUAAGCCUUAGAUUUGAAGUGCUGUGGCCUCACCUCUUUCUCUGUUUGCCUGGAUUAGAUCUUUAGAUUUUAGCAACUGAGUACUGUGUAAUAGGGCAUAGAGGGUGAUGGGACCAGGGUAGUGAAGUCCACAAACUGUGAGUUUUUUAGGUAUCAUGUCACGCUCAGGGUGCCUCUGCUUAGAUACUAUCAAACAUUAUAAACGUAGGAGACAGAAGCUGAGAUUACAGCAUGUCUUCUCAUUGUGAGAAUAUUUCAAUCAAUUCAGUAUUAUUGUUUCAUUUCAUCCUAAACUAAAUGUUACAAAACAUUUUCACAGCUCAUUAUUUCUUUCCAUGUGUGCUCUGUAGAGAGAUUCCUGGGGCCGUCAUUAUCACCGUGCCUGCUUCGGAGUACGGCAUGUUUUUGUAUAUACGCAGUGUAAGAUGUGUUGAACUGCUCACAUUCCUCUCAGUGUAUGAUGGGAGCGAAUAUCAGACGGAAGGCUUUUUGUUUUGGAUACUUUAAUUUUUGUAAAAUAAGAAGGCCUAAUCAUUUUUUUGUAAAUGUGAAUGUCUUCUAGUGCCAUAAUGAGCAACACUUUCAUCAGCCAUCUGAAGCCCUGAACACAAUAGGAUUUAAUGGCUGAGACGAUGAUUGAUACACUACUGAAUAUAUGUAUUGACAGUAUUUUUGCCCUGUGUAACUGCUUAUACUAUCUAACAUGGCCAUAUGAAAAUGUGAUUAAUAGUGUUAUUUCAAAAUAUGCUUUUUUGAUGCUGUUGCUGAAUGCCAUGGCUUUGUUGGUGCUGAAUAUGACACCUUACAGAAACACUUUAGAGAUUCAUGUCUGGUGUCUAGCCAUUGCAGCUCAAGACUCACGAGGGUUCAAUAUGAAGAAACGUUGUAGUUAUGCCUUUAAAAGAUUUAAUUUUACUAGAUUUGUUUUGCUUUUGUAUAGUUUUUACAUAUUUUGUGAAAUCACGAUAUGUCGUACCAACCACUUACUUUCAGAUGCAAAACAAACGACCUGAUCGCCAGAAUAAAUGUUACAUAUGUUUAAGUGCGUUUCUUCCAGUUCCUACCCCAUUUUUUCCCAAAUGAAUGAUAGCCGGAGAUUGGCCGAUAAUUUCAGUCAAUCAUUACAUUGGUCGGGAUCUACUCACAAAAAUAUCUGAAAAUCACCAAAAUACGGCUGGAGAUUGUCCUGAGGUCUCCUUGAGAAAUAUCCAGUUGCAAUGUUGAAACGCAGACUCGAACUGUAGUCAGUGGCUUGCCAACCUCCAUCCCCUCCGCCUCACAAUGUGACAGCCAAUCAAACAAGCACGUGACAAAAUGUGAACGUGAUAUUACACAUUUUGUGAAAAGCCUGUAACACAGAAACAUAAACUGCUAACAUUCUAUCCUGGCUACUGGGCUGAAACAAAACUAAGCAUGAAACUCUUUCUAUAGUUUCUAUACAGCUUGCAGGGUCAGACUGCGCUUUUUAAGAGCUCUGCUUCAGUGGCAGACUUUUUUUUUUAGCUUUAACAGCUUUCUCACUCGAUUCUGGUGCCAUUAAAUGUCAUACAAUGACUUUAUUUGAACCACGAUGAGCCCAGCUUUUAUCACUGCUCUUGUUAUUAGUUCAAACAUUUCAAGGAAGAAGGAGUUGCUUCUCACCAUCUCGUCAUUACAUGCACUUGAUUAAUCAGCAAUAGCGGAGAAGCUGUAACAUGUUUGAUUUUUUUUUGGUUUUACUAUUUGUGGUUGAUGUAUACUAUGAUUCAAUUACGACAAGAUAAUGAAUGGAGAUGGAAGAAAUUCAUAGUGCAUAAGUGUCAUCAUUAUUUCAAUGCAUAAAAAGCACAAUAUUACACAUUAUUAGUGUUGUGGUUAACAAGGAUAAAUUAUUUUGUUACAACAGUAAAACCAAAACACAGACUGCACCACAUGGACUGUGCACUGGUCUUGUUUGUGCCAUACUUUUGAUUACCGAUUGUACUGAAGUUACUGCUAUAACCACAUGUUCUGCUAACUGUCAGCCUGUUUUGAAAUGUUGACUGUUAGUACUGUUUUUACUGUGUACACAAAAAAUAAAGUAGUUUCAAUA